GGUGCGUUUUUUUGUCACAUACGCACCGACUCUUUAAAAUGAGAGACUUGUGCAUGUGCUGAUGGCACGUCUUAUGAAUGGUCUGAGACAUUUUCUGUCUGCAUUUGGCAGAUCUGAGGCGCUGCACAGGUAAAAUGGCCUAAAAGAUACAAACAGGAGCAUCUUUUUUUUUACUGAACUGUGGUUGUGUAACAUGCAUCAGCAUUAUCUCUGUGCCAGAAAUUAGGCGUAUCACAUAAUAGCUUCCUUCGUGAGCCGCAGACUAUAUGAGCGCAGUCUGAGGCACUAAUGAUGUGGCUUUGAACCGUGUGACUCCCUCUGCCCUGCUGCUUCCUCCAUCAGUUUCUUUUACUUUUAUAAGUGCGCAGGUGUUUGUGAACCCAAACCAGGACCAGGGCAGUGUUCUGCGUUGGACGUCCAGGUGUCAGCGCAGCCCCAAUCUGGCAUCCUUGAAAAAAUGAGCCCACCGGACGCGGCCAACGGCUCGGGCGCCGGAGAAAACGAGCCGUGGACGCUGCUCGACAACCGCACGGGCUCGCACUCGCCCGGCUUCCACACUGACGUCACCAAGCGCGUGGGGGUGCAGAUCACCCUCAUCGCCGCGUACUCCCUCAUCAUCCUGCUGGGGCUGCUGGGCAACGCGCUGGUCAUCUACAUGAUCGUGCGCUACCGCAACAUGAGGACGGUCACCAACUUCUUCAUCGCCAACCUGGCGCUGGCGGACCUGCUGGUCAACGCGCUGUGCCUGCCCUUCACGCUGGUCUACACGCUGCUGGACGAGUGGAAGUUCGGCGCCGUGCUGUGCCACAUGGUGCCGUUCGCGCAGGCGCUCAGCGUGCACGUGUCCAUCCUGUCGCUCACCGUCAUCGCGCUGGAGCGCUACCGCUGCAUCGUCUUCCACCUGGGCCGCCGCCUCACCUGGCGCGCCAGCGUCCUCAUCAUGGCCUGCAGCUGGACGGCGUCCGCCGUGCUGGCGGCGCCGCUGGCCAUUUUCAGGGAGUACCGGCACGAGGAGAUCCCCUCCAUCGACCUGCGCAUCGCCGUGUGCUCCGAGAAGUGGCCGCACGGGACCGGCAGGGACGGGGUCAUCUACAGCCUCUCCAUGCUGCUCCUGCAGUACAUCAUCCCCCUGGCCAUUAUUAGCUACGCCUACAUAUGCAUCUGGGUCAAAUUGAAGAACCACGUGAGCCCGUCGAGUCGCAGCGACAGCCUCAGCCGCCGCAAGAAGACCACCAAGAUGCUGGCGCUGGUGGUGGUGGUGUUCGCCGUGUGCUGGCUGCCGUUCCACGUCUUCCAGCUGGCCAGCGACCUGGACCUGGUGCUGCGGUUCAAGGAGUACAAACUCAUUUACACGGUGUUUCACAUCGUGGCCAUGUGCUCCACGUUCGCCAACCCGCUGCUGUACGGGUGGAUGAACAAGAACUACAGGAACGGCUUCCUCAUGGUGUUCCGCUGCGAGGACAAGCCCGAGUCCUUCCACCCCGAGGGCUCGUUCCGCACGCGCUCCAUCAGGGGCCCGACGCUGAACGGGCGCCACGGCGGACGCCCUCCCACCGCCGUGUGAGGAGAAGACCUGGGGAGCGUUCACGCGUUGAACACGCCUCAUAUCUGAGAUGCCUUUGUGACUUUCAUGCGCUGAAGCUGAGCAAACGGGUGGUUCUGUGCAAAACGUGUCUUUCCUUUCUGAAUGUUUCAAGUGAAAAUACAUUUAUCAAACCUAUUAAACAUGUUUAAUGUUUUUUUAUUACCUUACAAUGUAAUGUAUAUGUUUCCUUGUGGUGUAAAUGUGAUGUUGGUAUGUCCAGUUGUGCAUUCUGCUUCAUACAUGUAUUAGGGACAAUCUAUUAACUUUGCAUUUCUUGGCUGUUUGGAUGAUUUUGACCCAGUUAAUCCAGACGCUGUGUUUUGCAUUAAUUACAGUCUUCUACAGAGGUAACAUUGAAUCCUCGUCCAAGGAAGCCAGAGGAGGCUAACGGCUGAUUUUCUGCCCCGCUUGGACGUGUAAUGUCCUCCAGUGGCAACCAGCUGUUUCGAUUCGAUGGAUCAGCAGGACUCUGUGUCCAAACGAAUGUGAUUGAAAAGCACUGAACUGGAGUGAAGUCAGCAACAGGUCCAUAUCUUCAUCCUACAGUCUGGCCAGCUGCCUUGAGGGAAUAUGAAUGUAAAUAAGAGAAAUUUAAAAGAACGUACAGUUCUAUAUUUAUUAUACCCAGCUGCCAGUAUGCGCUUUGUUGAUGCCUGAUGGCUAAUGACACAGGAACGCUAAUGAAUCUACCACAGGGGCAACACACACAACCUCCACAGUAAUUUUGACAUUCAUAAGAAAAUUGGGGUUUUUUUGCCUCUAUGUCAAAAAAGAGCCUACAGCUUGUAUAAACUGACUGAUGUAAGGUUGGGUAAGCACAGGUUUGUCAUGUCUUAUCUGAGCGCAUAUAGGAAGAAAACAAAACAGUUUUAUUUCCUAGACUACACUGACACAAUGACACUAUCUGUCGAGUACAGCCCCCGUGUUUACAGUGCGGUACAGAUAAAUAAACUGUAACCCUGAACGUGAUGUCGGGAAAUCUAUCUACACAGAGGAGAUGAUCAAGAAAUGCAAAUGGAUGUAUGAAAGUUCUACAAAAACAAUAUAAGAAAGUUCAACCACUUAAGAAACUGAGUAUUCAGCAGCCAAUAAAUCAUACUGAAAGCAUGCACAAA